GGUUUUAGUUCAAGAUUUAUUGCACCCAACCGCUGCUUCUGAAGCUAAGAAACACAAGUUAAAGACUUUGGUCCAAGCUCCAAGAUCCUACUUCUUGGACGUUAAAUGCCCAGGUUGUUUGAACAUUACUACUGUUUUCUCUCACGCUCAAACUGCUGUUACCUGUGAAUCCUGUUCCAAGGUUUUAUGUCAACCAACUGGUGGUAAAGCUAGAUUGACUGAAGGUACUUCUUUCAGAAGAAAGUAA